UCAAACACUGCUCGAGAGAGUGUGCUAGAGAGAGACAGACAGAAUACUGAUCACGUUUUCCAGUUUUGGCUUUGCAUUUUUCGGAAAUUUUGUUUUUGCUGGAUCAUCAUCUCUCUGAUCAGUCUUCAAAUUGCUUAUUGAGUGGCGAUUUUUGGUUCCGAGGUGAUAGAGAUGGAGCAGGAAUUGCUCUACGGGCCAGGGUUGAACCCUAAACGUAGGGUUUUUGGUGAAUGGGAGCCUGCAUUUGGUUGUGGUGGGGCGAACGCCUGUCCUUCUCAGGGAGGUUUUGCUGCCGGCGAGUGCAGUGGUGAUGGAUUAGGGAUGAAUGUCGGUUUUGGUGAAAAUUCAGGAAAUUGUGGUGUUGGAGACCCGGAGAAGAUGAGUUUUAUGGAGCUAUUGGGCUUGGCCGCUUCUGGAGCAGCUAUACCAGCAGGAGCAACACCGGCGAAGAAUUCUGGUCGCAUUCCCGAUGAUAAUGGAAUUAGUGUUCCUCCAACUCCAAUGGAAAAGGAACAGAUUUCAAGGAAGACGAAAGUGAAAACCCCACGGCAACCAAAAGUUAAGAGAAAAAAACACAGACCCAAAAUUUUUGAUGAGAGCAAACCCAAAAGGGUCCCAAAAUCUACUCCUAAAAGGGAAAAUGGGAAGAGGAAAUAUGCUAGAAGAAGCAGCACCGGGCAGCCACCUGGUUCACCUAUGAGGUCAGAAAUGGUUGUUGAGACUUCACUUAAUCCUGAAACUCCUGGGUCUUUAGUUGAAGGAAGGAAGAGGAAGUGUACACUCAAGGCAUCUAAACACCCAUUGAAAUCAUGUAAACGAGGCAUCAAUUUUGAUCCCAGUGUAGAAGAUGAUACUGAUGUAGAGACAGUUAAUAAUACUGCAGAAGAGCAAAUAAAUAAAUCCGGUGAUUGCAGCAUCGAAUUCUAUGCAAAUUCAUCUCAGUAUGUUGAUCAUAAGGCCCUGGAGUUGGAAAAUAAGACAGCUAACAUUUAUGCUACCAGCAUCAUUAGUGCAGAUACUACCAGCAUCAUUAGUGCAGAUACUACCAGCAUCAUUAGUGCAGAUACUACCAGCAUCAUUAGUGCAGAUACUACCAGCAUCAUUAGUGCAGAGAAUAAUUUGUAUGAAAAGAGGCUGACCGUAGGCAAUAACAGUGUCGAAUCAUUGAAACCAGUACAAUCAAGCCCCAACCAUGGAUGCAAGGAAAGUAUGGAUGUCAUGAAUCACAAUUCGGGUCAGACUAACACUUUGCAGGUUUACCAGAGGACAUUCCAGGUUUACCGGAGGAAAUUCCGAGCGAAUGAAAUUAUAAAGAAUAGUAGAAAGUUAGGACCGAAUUGUCCUAAAUUUGCUAAGAAAAAGAGGAGCAAGAGACGGAGUGCAAAUAAGUACAAUUUCUGGCUUCUGGAGGAGGGUAGGGAACAGAUGGUUAUAGCUCCCAAAUAUGCCUUGCGCAGCAAGAAGAAAUAUUUAGACUUGGAUGUCAACAACUCUAUUCUUCCAGGGCUACCUAAGAGUCAAAUUAAAGCUGCUAUUGCUGAUCCAAAAUCCUUCAUAUGUUUAUACAGUUUGUUUCCAUUAGUGAAAUCUGAAAGGAAAAGAUCCAAAAGGUUCUCUCAAAGUAACUUAUCACAUUCAUCAGUGACACAUUCUGACAUGGGAAAGAAAAACAGCAAUUUGGAAUUCCUCUGCCAUGCUUUGGAUUCAAUUCCUAAAGGGAAAAGGUCCAAGAACUUAAUGCGAAGGCAGGGCUUACCAUCCUCAAGUACUAUUACUCACAACAGCCCGGAUAAUAUUAAGCUCGAAGCUCCUGCAGAAAUUCCUGCUUACCCCCCACAAUGGGUAGUACAACCUCAUGGAUAUGAUAAUUUCAUGGAAAAAGAUAGAAGGCUACUUGAUACUGCCAUCAUACCCACCGAGAGUUCUCAUGCUAAAGUGGAACUUAGGUUUCAUCCUCCAUAUCCUAGAACUUCUCAGAGUACUUCUCCCCAACAUCAUAGAACUUCUCACCAACAUCCUAGAACUUCUCAGAGUACUUCUCACCAACAUCCUAUGACUUCUCAGAGUAUUUCUGACAUAACUUUGUUCCACCCGAUUGCUGCAGUACAUCCGCCACCCCCACGUCCUGGAGAGUCUCUUAAAGAAUAUCUUUGGAGUUCAAAUUCAAAAGUGGAGAUUAGGAUACAUCCCCCAUAUCCUCAUCCUGCUCCCCAAAGAUAUCUUUUGCCAAAUGCAGCGAGUACUUCUGGUUUACAGUCCAAAUAUAAAGUUGAAAAACAUCACCUCCGGCAUGGAACUACAAUGUCAAAAAGAAACAAUAUGCUUUCUGAUAUUGAGUUCUGUCGACAAGAUCAUUUUCCAAUUGCACAGGGUUCACUGGGUCAACUCUCAAAGCAUUUGAUGGAAAUUAUCCAGAAACUGCAGAGGCUACAAAUUAGUGAUGAACAUGGACAGCUGGUGGUGCGAGAUUUAAAUCUUCAUGGUGCAGUAAUUCCUUUCAACAAUAAAUUUGAUGGUGCAAUAAUUCCUUACAACAAUAAAGUUGAGAAGAAACGAAAAAUGCCCAAGGUUGAUCUAGACCCAGAAACACUAAGAAGGUGGAAUCUCCUAAUGGAGACAGAUGCUAGUGAAUUGCCUGAAGAUGAGGAUGAAAAAAAGAAAAAAGAUUGGGAGGAGCAGAAGGAAAUAUUCUGUAAUCGUCUAAAAGAAUUCAUUACUUGCAUGCAUGUUCUCCAAGGUGAUAGACGUUUCUCACCAUGGAAAGGAUCAGUAGUGGAUUCAGUUGUUGGAGUUUUCUUAACUCAAAAUGUAUCCGACUAUCUCUCCAGCAAUGCUUUUAUGUCUCUUGCUGCCAAAUACGGAGUAACAUCAACAUCUUGUGAUAUUCAAGUGGAUUCUCCAUGCAGUCAAGAAUCGACAUCAAAUCCUACCGGACCUAAUAACGUGCAGUCACAUGAAACUUUCAUCUCUUCUGCAGAGAAAGAGCCUGGUUCACUGGGGAAUGACAGAGUGGUGAAACAUCCUCCAGUAAAUCAUGAUUUUUGUUGUUCAUCCCCUGCUAAGAUCCACCUCCCUGAGGAGGUUGAUUUGGUUGAAUUGCCCGGUUUUCAAAGUGAAAAUGGCACAAGAUUAUGUGGUUGUGAAAGUGGGAUUAUCACAUCAAGCACAGAAAGAUUAGAAGAUAUGAAUGGGGCGCCAGAAAGAUUAGAAGAUAUGAAUGGGGCGCCUGUUCCUAAUGGCUGCACAUUCAAUGGGGCGCCUGUUCCUAAUGGCUGCACAUUCAACCUGGGGUUUGGAUGUGAUUGUGGAGAACCUGUAAAUAGAAACUGUGGAUCCAAGAGUGGUUGUGCUUGUGAGGAAAUGGCUAAAGCUUCAGCUAACUCAAACACAUUGCUCAAUGAGUUAGAAGUGGCAAUGGAAGAUAAUACUGUUUUGUUGAACAACACUCUUCUAGAAGAGAAUACCUCAUCUAAGUCUACAGAAAAGAAGGGUAAAGUGACAAAAAUGCCAAAACCCGAUGUUGACUGGGAAGAAUUAAGAAGAACCUACUAUAAUUCAAAUAGAACUCCAGGAACACUUUUGGAUUCAAUUGAUUGGAAUGCAGUUAGAUGUGCUCCUGUCGGAGAGGUUGCAAAAGUUAUCGAGACUCGAGGAAUGAAUAAUGUUCUUGCAGAAAAGAUUAAGGCCUUCCUUGAUCGAUUGGUUGAAGACCACGGCUCUAUUGACCUCGAAUGGCUAAAAGAUGUUCCACCUGAAAAAGCCAAGGAAUUUUUAUUGAGCAUAAGAGGGGUGGGUUUGAAGAGUACGGAGUGUGUGCGGCUUUUGACACUUGGUCAUCACGCUUUCCCUGUUGAUACAAAUAUUGCUCGUAUAGUAGUGCGACUGGGGUGGGUUCCUUUGGAACCACUGCCUGGCGAUCUUCAGAUACAUCUACUAGAACAGUACCCCCAAAUGGACUCCAUUCAAAAGUAUCUUUGGCCACGCCUUUGCACAUUGGAUAAAAAUAUAUUGUAUGUAUUGCAUUACCAGUUAAUCACCUUUGGAAAGGUUAUCUGUACAAAGAAGAACCCGAACUGUAAUGCAUGCCCAAUGAGAGCUGAGUGCAAGCACUUUGCUAGUGCAUUUGCGAGUUCUAGGCUUCGCCUUCGAGGAGCACCAGAGAAACGUGGAAUGUCAAAUUCACAGCCAAUGUUGCCUCACAUACCAGACAUUGAAGACUUCCCCUAUAAGUUCAAGGAUUCACAUAUAAGACAGCAACCUAGUGCACUUGCGAUUGAGAUAGCCUCUCAAGAUACUGAUCCUACUAGAGGACUUGUAAGAGACAUUGAAGACUUUCCUUAUGAGUUGGACAACAAGUAUGAGAUUUUAGCCUCUCAAGAUGCUGAUCCUACCGGAGGAUUUGUAAGAGACAUUGAAGAGUUUCCUUAUGAGUUGGACAACAAGGAUGAGAAAUCCUAUACUCAAACUUGUGAACCAAUUAUUGAAGUUCCAGCAUCUCUUGAACCUGAAUCUCAAACUUGUGAACCAAUUAUUGAAGUUCCAGCAUCCCCUGAACCUGAACCUGAAUCUACAGUAUCACUUGAAAGAGACAUCAGCAACAUUCUACAUGAGACCGAGGAUGAUGAUGAUGAGAUACCUCACAUCAAACUUGAUACUGAAGAAUUUAAAAGAAAUUUGAUGACUUUUUUGAAUCCAGAAUUUGAAGAUGAAGAAGUAUCAAAUGCCCUAGUUGCUUUGACUCCACAAGAUACUACAAUUCCAUCACCUAAAAUUAAGAGUGUUGAGCGGUUAAGGACAAGGCACCGAGUCUAUAUUGUUCCAGAUUCACAUCCACUGUUGAUUGGGUUUGAACGACGGGAACUUGAUGAUCCUUGUCCUUAUCUUCUCGCAAUUUGGCCACAAGAAUCUUUGAAUGUAAAGGAAAGCUGUUCACAAGAUUCAUUGAUAUGUAGUGGAGAUUUAGACUCAGCUUUUCAAGAAACAAAUAACCAGAUAGUUUGUGGAACAAUUUUGAUACCAUGUCGAACAGCAAACAAAGGAAGCUUUCCCCUUAAUGGAACAUAUUUUCAAGUCAAUGAGGUAUUUGCUGAUCAUGAAUCUAGUGUGUGCCCAAUAAAUAUUCCACGGAAAUGGAUAUGGAAUUUGACACAACGUUAUUUAUAUUGCGGGAGCACUGCAUCCGCAAUAGCUAGAGGUAUGGAGAUGAACGAGAUUCAACAUUGUUUUUGGAAUGGGUUUGUGUGUGUUAGAGCAUUUGACCGGCAAACACGGAACCCUAUACAUUUAUCAAAACGAUUCCAUGAACUCCCCAGUGUUGCUGGAAAGAAAAAAGUUCUCAAUGAUGAUUAAGGAUAAACAUUGUAAACUAUUCCUCUUACUUAUAGAGGAAAUCGGCUUGUUAAUUUGUUGUUAAUAUUUUAAACAUUUCACAUCCAGCCAUUCUUUUGGCACCAUUUAAAUUGCCUUAUUAAAUAUUUUCCUUAUUUCUAUUACCUUAGCAAACCUUUUUUAGAAAUGCCAUAUUGUUGUAAAUUUUAGAAUACUUCGAUGAUAUGCUCAAAAUUUAAUUUGAGUUAAUUCUAAAUUUACUCUCCAA